GGGCGGGGGGAAGCCGCGCAGAGCGAGCCGCGGAACCACGGACGGACCGCCGGACGGACGGACGGACGGGCGGACGGGGCAUGCGGGCGGCCUGGCUCUAGCCCGGGUUGCGGGGCUCCGGCCGCAGCCAUGGAGCAGCGGCUGCGUGAGCUGGAGCAGCUGGUACGGGGCGAGGCCGGUGGCAGCCCGGGGCUCGACGGCCUCCUGGAUCUGCUGCUGGGGCUGCACCACGAGCUCAGCAGCGCCCCCCUGCGCCGGGAGCGCAACGUGGCGCAGUUUCUGAGCUGGGCCAGCCCCUUUGUAACAAAAGUGAAAGAGCUGCGUCUGCAGAGAGAUGACUUUGACAUCCUGAAGGUGAUCGGCAGAGGGGCGUUCGGGGAGGUUGCCGUGGUGAGGCAGAAGGACAGUGGCCAGAUUUUUGCCAUGAAGAUGCUGCAUAAGUGGGAGAUGCUGAAGAGGGCUGAGACGGCCUGUUUCCGGGAGGAGCGAGACGUCCUAGUGAAGGGAGACAGCCGCUGGGUGACCGCUCUGCACUACGCCUUCCAGGAUGAGGAGUAUCUGUACCUGGUGAUGGACUACUAUGCUGGUGGAGAUCUCCUCACCCUGCUGAGCCGCUUUGAGGACCGCCUCCCACCGGAGCUGGCGCAGUUCUAUCUGGCUGAGAUGGUGCUGGCCAUUCACUCACUGCACCAGCUGGGCUAUGUCCACAGGGAUGUCAAGCCUGACAACGUCCUGCUGGACAUGAAUGGCCACAUCCGCCUGGCCGACUUUGGCUCCUGCCUGCGUCUUAACAACAAUGGCAUGGUGGAUUCAUCAGUCGCGGUGGGGACCCCGGACUACAUCUCUCCUGAGAUCCUACAGGCCAUGGAAGAGGGCAAGGGCCACUACGGCCCACAGUGUGACUGGUGGUCACUGGGAGUGUGCGCCUACGAGCUGCUCUUCGGGGAAACACCCUUCUAUGCAGAGUCUCUGGUAGAGACCUACAGCAAGAUCAUGAACCACGAGGAUCACCUGCAGUUCCCCUCUGAUGUGCCCGAUGUGCCUGCUAGUGCCCAGGACCUGAUCCGCCAGCUGCUGUGCCGCCAGGAAGAGCGGCUAGGUAGGGGUGGGCUGGACGACUUCCGGAACCACCCCUUCUUUGAAGGCGUGGAUUGGGAGAGGCUUGCCACCAGCACGGCUCCCUACAUCCCCGAGCUUCUCGGGCCUGUGGAUACCUCCAACUUCGAUGUGGAUGAUGACACUCCCAACCAUCCAGAGACGCUGCCACCAUCCUCCCAUGGGGCCUUCUCGGGCCACCACCUGCCAUUUGUAGGCUUCACCUAUACCUCAGGCAGCCCUGGUGGUGGGAAGAGCACUGAGCUAGUGGCUGCCCCAGAGUGGAAACCCCACCGUGUGGAGCAGGAGCAGGUGGAGCUCAGUCAAGAAGCCCUGCAUGGCCCCUCCCAGCCCCAGGAGCUGGCGUGGCUGCAGAAGGAAGUAGAGAUUCUUCAGGGGAGACUGGCAGAGACACUGAGGGACAGCAAGGCCUCCUCCUCCCAGACUGAUGGCCUCCCUGCCAGAAGCCCAGGCCCAGACAUCCAGCUACAGCAGGAGAAGGACCGCCUCCAGCAGGAGCUGACUGAUGCUCAGACAGCGUUGCGAGUUCAAGCUGCUGAACUGUGCCAAGCCCAGGACCGGCAGGAAGAAUUCCUGCGGAGGCUGUGGGAGGCCCAGGAGAGAGAGGCAGCCACAGCCAGCCAAAUCCAGGCUCUGAGCGCCCAGCUGGAGGAAGCCUGGGUUGUCCGGAGAGAGCUGGAAGGCCAGGUGGCCACACUGAGUCAGGAGGUGACACGGCUCCAGGGACAAUAUAAACAAAGCCAUGAGAAGCAGUGUUCCCAGUCCAAGACCGUCCAUGCAGCCCCUGAGACCAACGGCAUGGGAUCGGCUGAGUGUCUAUCUCAAGAGGCCCAGCUGAGGAAGGAGGUGGCAGCUCUGAGGAAGCAGCUGGAGCACGCCUGCAGCCAAGGGGUCAGCGCUGAGGAAGAGGUUCUGUGCCGACUGCAGGAGGAAAACCAGCGGCUGAGCAGGGAGCAGGAGCGGCUCACAGAAGAGCUGGAGCUGCAGUUACAGAGCAAGAAGCGUUUGGAGGGUGAACGGCGGGAGACUGAGAGCAACUGGGAGGCCCAGAUCGCUGACAUCCUCAGCUGGGUGAAUGACGAGAAGGUCUCAAGAGGCUACCUGCAGGCCUUGGCUACUAAGAUGGCUGAGGAGCUGGAGUCCUUGCGGAAUGUGGGCACCCAAACGCUCCCUACCCGGCCUCUGGACCACCAGUGGAAGGCACGGAGGCUGCAGAAGAUGGAGGCCUCAGCCCGCCUGGAGCUUCAGUCGGCACUGGAAGCCGAGAUCCGUGCCAAGCAGGGUCUGCAGGAGCGGCUGACGCAGGUGCAGGAGGCUCAGCUGCAGGCAGAACGCCGCCUGCAGGAGGCUGAGAAGCAGAGCCAGGCCCUGCAGCAGGAGGUGGCUGAGCUUCGGGAGGAGCUUCAAGCCCGUGGACCAGGGGAUGCCAAGCCCUCCACUUCCCUCAUCCCUCUCCUGUCCUUCUGGAACACAGAGAAGGAUUCCGCCAAGGACCCUGGCAAUUCAGGAGAGUCCCCAAGGGCUGGAGCAGAAGCCGAGCUGAGGCCAGAGGGCCGCCGCAGUCUGCGCAUGGGGACUGUGUUCUCCAGAGUGCCUGCCGCCGCCACCGCCCCUGCAGAAGGCCCCCCUGCUAAGCCCGGCGCACACACUCUCCGUCUCCGGAGCUUCCCAUCCCCUACCAAGUGUCUCCGCUGUACCUCGCUGAUGCUGGGCCUGGGCCGCCAGGGCCUCGGCUGUGACACCUGCGGCUACUUCUGUCACUCAGCCUGUGCUCCACAGGCCCCACCCUGCCCUGUGCCCCCUGAACUCCUCCGCACAGCCCUGGGGGUGCACCCCGAAACAGGCACAGGCACUGCCUAUGAGGGCUUCCUGUCGGUGCCACGGCCUUCAGGCGUCCGGCGGGGCUGGCAGCGUGUGUAUGCUGCCCUCAGUGACUCUCGCCUGUUACUGUUCGAUGCUCCUGACCCUCGGGGCAGCCUAGCCAGUGGGGUCCUCCUGCAGGCCUUGGAUCUGAGGGAUCCCCAGUUUUCAGCCACCCCUGUCUUGGCCUCAGAUGUCAUCCAUGCCCAAUCCAAGGACCUGCCGCGCAUCUUUAGGGUGACAGCCUCCCAGCUGACGGUGCCACCAAGCACAUGUACUGUGCUGCUGCUGGCAGAGAAUGAGGGGGAGCGGGAGCGUUGGCUUCAGGUGCUGGGGGAGCUGCAGCGGCUGCUGCUGGACGCACAUCCGAGGCCCCGACCAGUGUACACACUCAAGGAGGCCUAUGACAACGGGCUGCCGCUGCUGCCUCAUACGCUCUGCGCUGCUAUCAUUGACCAAGAGCGUCUUGCCCUGGGCACUGAGGAGGGGCUGUUUGUGAUCCACCUUCACAGCAAUGACAUCUUCCAGGUCGGAGAUUGCCGCCGGGUGCAGCGGCUGACUGUGAGCUCUGCUGCUGGCCUGCUGGUUGUUCUCUGCGGCCGUGGUCCCAGCGUGCGCCUCUUCGCCCUGGCUGACCUGGAGAACGCUGAGGUGGCAGGCGCCAAGAUCCCCGAGUCCCGAGGCUGUCAGACUUUGGCAGCCGGGCGCAUCCUUCAGGCCCGGACUCCAGUGCUCUGUGUGGCAGUCAAGCGCCAGGUGCUCUGUUACCAGCUGGGCCCAGGCCCAGGCCCCUGGCAGCGCCGCAUCCGAGAGCUGCACGCGCCAGCUCCCGUGCAGAGCCUGGGGUUGCUGGGUGACCGGCUCUGUGUGGGGGCCGCGGGCACCUUCGCUCUCUACCCGCUGCUCAAUGAGGCUGCGCCCUUGGCGCUGGGGACUGGCCUCGUGGCCGAGGAGCUGCCUGCAUCCCGCGGAGGCCUUGGCGAGGCACUCGGUGUGGUGGAGCUCAGCCUCAGCGAGCUCCUGCUGCUCUUCGCCACUGCUGGUGUCUACGUGGAUGGCGCUGGCCGCAAGUCACGAAGCCACGAGCUGCUGUGGCCAGCGGCACCCAGUGGCUGGGGUUACACAGCGCCCUACCUAACAGUGUUCAGUGAAAACGCCAUUGAUGUGUUUGACGUGAGGAGAGCAGAAUGGGUGCAGACUGUGCCGCUCAAGAAGGUGAGACCCCUGAAUCCAGAAGGCUCCUUGUUCCUCUAUGGCACGGAGAAGGUCCGCCUGACCUACCUCAGGAACCCGCUGGCAGAGAAGGACGAGUUUGACAUUCCCGACCUCACGGACAACAGCCGGCGCCAGCUGUUCCGAACCAAGAGCAAGCGCCGCUUCUUCUUCCGGGUGUCAGAUGAACUGCGACAGCAGCAGCGCAGGGAGAUGCUGAAGGACCCUUUUGUGCGCUCCAGGCUCAUCUCACCGCCCACCAACUUCAACCACCUGGUACACGUGGGCCCUACAGACGGAAGGCCCAGCACCAGGGACGGGACCAGGGAACAGAAGAGCAGAGGUGCCCGCAGCUCCGGACCGCCGCGUCCCCACAGCUUCUCAGAGGCACUGCGGCGCCCAGCGUCCAUGGGCAGUGAUGGCCUCCCUGGAGAAACAGACCCCCUAGUGAAGAGGAAACCUUGGACAUCUCUGUCCAGCGAAUCAGUGUCCUGUCCCCAGGGGUCCCUGAGUCCUGCAGCAUCCUUGAUACAGGUCUCAGAGCGGCCCAGGAGUCUACCCCUGGACCCUGAGUCAGAGAGCACCCCCUGAUGCCCUCUGGCAGUGCCCACCCAUUCCCAAGACAGAAGUGCUGAGGAAGCGAAGAGCUUGUGUGAUGCCAUACUCCGGCUGGUCCGGGACAUGUUGACAUUCAGACUCAGGGAGAGCCUGGGUGGGGCCUAAGAGCAGGGCAUGCCUGGGGCCCCAUGAAUAGGGGUCUGACUCCUUGCCCUCAUCCUGCUAUUCCCCUGGGCUUCCAACACAGGCCUACACUGGCCUCUGGGAGUGCCAUGGCUCUGGUGCCCAGGGAAGAUUGUGCCAAAGUUGUGCUUCAUGGGCCCAAGCCCAGGGAAGCUGUUAGGAGUCAGGAUGAGAAACGGGAUCUUGGGAGUAUGCUCCGUGUCUUGUCUGCAGCCUGGCCUCAGCUGAGGCCGAGAUGGAGCCCAUCAGGUCUUUCUGCUCAGGGCCGGGCUGGGGUAUGGGCGCUGAUUUACAGGGAAAGGAUAGAAAAGUAGAAGGAAUGGUGCAGGUGAAAGAGGUAAGAGAAAGGCGAGGGAGCAAAGGAAGCAGAAGAGGAAGUGAUGUAAUCAGAAGGAGACGGAUGUUAAUCUAAGUGGAGAGAAGGACAAAAUGAGUAAUGAAGAGGAAGAUUCGGGAGAGGCAGGAGAGAGGAGGGAGUGUAAGCUAGGGGAAAACCUAGACCCAGAAACUUUUCUCUGGGUUGGGCCUUGAGAUUGAGAGCAGGACUGUUGCCAGUUUAUCCGUCCAGGGAAAAAUGGUUCCUAUGCAGGGAGGGGAUGGGAGGGUAUUUAUAAGGGCUUCUUGGUGGGAGAUGGACACCCUGAGGGGGCUACGGACAUCUCCAGGCACACUCUGGCCCUUCCCAACAAGAAGGGUCCUUUUCUGGAAGCUUCAACCAAGUGUAUUAGGGAAACAUAGGGGGCAUUUUCUUAUUGAUCACAGUCAUUAUUAUUGUUAUUAUAUUGCUAUUUUUAUUAAACCUUGCCCUGCUCCAAUGUGGGGAAUAAAAUAAGUAUUUAUCUCCUUGAAUGCCACAUUCCUGGGAGGGAUGGACCUUGAUGCUCUGGCAUGUGGCAAGAAACCAAUAAAGUCAACUUUGUAAGCUG